UCCCUGUAGCCGCCGCCUCCUCUCGGUUUCCACCGGUGUCGUCGCCGCCGCCUCCUCUCGGUUUCCGCCGGUGUCGUCGCCGCCGCCUCCUCUCGGUGUCCUUCUCCCCCGGACGGCAACCUCCGCGGCUCCGGUCACCGACUCACAGUCGCCGGAUUGAUUCACUUAUUGCUGUAGUGGUGAUUGCUUGAUCCGGUCUCGAAGAUGUCGUCGCUGAGGAAUGCUAUCCCUCGACGGGCUCACAAGGAACGUGCUCAACCUCAAGCGAGGAAGAAGUUUGGGUUUCUUGAGAAGCAUAAAGAUUAUGUUUUGAGAGCUCAGGCAUUCCACAAGAAGGAAGAGACUUUGAGGAGGUUGAAGGAGAAGGUUGCUUUUAGGAAUCCAGAUGAGUUCUAUUUCAAGAUGAUCAACACAAGAACUGUUCAUGGAAUUCACAGACCAAAGAGUGAAGCAAACAAGUACACCCAGGAGGAACUCAUGCUGAUGAAGACUCAAGACAUAGGAUACAUUCUUCAGAAAGUUCAAAGUGAAAAGAAGAAAAUUGAAAGGCUGAGUUCUGCACUUCAUGAACUGGAUAAUCAGCCAUCAAACCGACAUGUUUACUAUGCUGAAGAUAGGGAAGAAGCUAAAGAAAUACAAUCAAGAUCAUCACAGACGAGUAAUUCACCUGCUUUUGAAAAUGUGCCGAAUCGUAUAAAGAAGAAAACAUCUUCUUCUUACAAAGAGUUAGAAGCAAGGAAAAAAAGGGUUCAAGAGCUGGAAAAAUUGUAUGCGGACAUGGCAUUGCAAAAGGAAUUGCAGAAACCUGGUCGGAAGCGUAAGCUCCUUGAAGAUGAGAUAGUUUCCCCAACAACUAAGCCCGUAUAUAAAUGGCGUGCGGAGCGCAAAAGGUGAUCUUUUGGCCACCUUCUGGGUGAGAAAGCCAGAUUGAACUGAAUAGGUGGAGCCAGCAAGAGAAAUCUGAAAGGUCAUUCUGCUUUGUUAUUUUAUAUUGUGCGUUCAAUUAGAGUUCUCAUUAUUGGUGUAUUGACAUAUGGGAGAUAUUCCCUGCAUCUUCUACCUGAUUAAGAACUCUGAGCAUUAAACCAUUUUGUUAGCAUAGAAAAGUCUCCUCUCAAAUCAUUAGAAAAGCUAGUUUCUGUCAGUUUUUGGGCAGCUUCAUAGAAGUUUCCCAUUAUUGACUCAUUAUUCAUCGAACCAUACGGAUCGAUCUAGCAAUGAUGGAAUGUAUAUUCUGUUUACUGAAUCACAUGAAAUUUCAGUCAACUCCAUAUAUGUAAUGUAAUUUAUUUCAGCUCAGCUCUAUACUUGGCCAAGACACCGUUACAGAAAAAUGUCCAAACCGGGGACUUAGGGAUCCAACCUGUCGACCUUGUUGAACUAUAUUGUGACGGACCAGGAUGAUCAGGAUAGGAUUCUUAUAAACUAUGUAAUGUAAUGUUAGAAGGCUGCACAAAUCAGUUGUUGCUCAAAGCUGCUAUUAUGUCCAUCAUGCGUGACUGCUAACAAACUUGUAUUUAGAUGUUUCUCGGCCUUUUUCCUAUGAUAAUGCUGAUUCUUGUGGUUGCUAA